UGUAUCCUUAGCUUCGUUUUUUUCAAGUGUUGGUCCUGGGAGGAGUUCGGCUGCUGCCCACUGACCAUUCUUGCUGCUCUUCAUCAAUUCUGAUGUGAAGACCUGAGAGUCCUCGCGUGGCUCUUCUCUUCAGGUUUGGAGAAAAGCUGAAGGAGAGAACGCCCUCCUCUAACAUCAUGAGGUUGAUUUUGGUGAAACCCACCAAUGCGACUCGCCGCCUUGACUCAACUGGUGAAGUGUUUCGCCAAGGGAGCCAUGAACAUUGCACCUCUGGGGGUCCCGGACCACUGAGAAAAUCAUCCGAGGGGAUUCGUGAUCUAUUCUCUGGAGCCUCUUUUGUAGCAUCCUCAUCUCCUCAUGAGUCUAGUCGGCCUUGUCCUUCACCCUCACUUCAUGAGCGAGCCAAUGGAGUUGGCUCAGUGAGGGCUUCAGGCCAGUCGCCGGAACGGACCAACGUGACCAUAUCGAAGCUCAGCAAUCAGGAUUGGCUGCUGCUCUGUGGUCAGGUCGCUGGUUCAAGUGAGGAAUUAUCUUCGAUGCCAAGACCAAAGGCGAGUUCCGUGCGUCCAAACCCCAGCGACGGCUGUGGAUGCUUAUGUACUGAGACCAACAAAACCUGUGUUUCUGAGCAACGGUUAAAACCUGAGGCCACCAACGACAGCAUCUCUCCAAGUACAAACCCGAUGGCAUCUGUGCUGUUCCCUCACCUACCUCCACUGCUCAACAGUAACACAAAGGAUCUUUGGAAGCCACCAGACAUCCAUCAGCAGAGCGUGACCACAUCCAGUUGUGAGGGUGGACAAGCUCAUCUAAAUUCUUGCAGUCAUUUGAAAAAGGUUAAAAACUCAGGCUGCACAAACCCUUUCAACAUCCCUCUUGAGAAAGACAGUGCUCAGCAGCCACACAAACCCAUACAUCGUAACUGGAAAGACAUCUUUGGUGAUGAACCGCUGCUGGUGCAGUCGUGCCACCAGCAAGACUCUCCUUGCUCUGUCAGUGGAGACUUCAACCGCCAGCAUCCUGCAGCUAAACCUCGGGUCAGUACCUCUGGAGUGAGGAGGCAAUCCACGCCAGCCAGUAACAAAAGUGAACACUCCUUCUCCACCAGUUACUACAGUUCCUUUGACAAUCAGGAGUUUGUGGAGGACGCACCAAAACGACGAAUAAGUCAGAUGGACAACCACAUCGAAGCAAAACCCACAGAUGGCGACAGCUCUAACGGUGACGCGGUGAGACCGGUGUCCGUCCUUGCUGAGCUUUCCUCUGGUCAUCAGCCUCUGCAGCUUCUCCACAGCGCCAUCCUGGAGGACGCCUUCUCCAAGGUCAUCAGAGAAGAAUCCAGCAAGGCCCCCAGUGAGAACCUGAGCGGGCCGCAGAAGAAGUCCAAAGACAUUGGCUACAGACUGGGGCAGAGGAGGGCGCUGUUUGGCAAGAGGAAGCAACUGAGCGACUACGCUUUAGUCUGCGGGAUGUUCGGCAUCAUCAUCAUGGUGGUUGAGACUGAGCUCUCCAGGGGGAUAUACACGAAGGAGUCGAUCUAUUCUUAUGUGCUAAAAGGUUUGAUCAGCCUUUCAACUCUUGUUCUUCUCGGCCUAAUCUUGAUGUACCAUGCCAGAGAGAUUCAGCUGUUCAUGGUGGACAAUGGGGCGGAUGACUGGCGAAUCGCUUUGACCUGCGAGCGGGUUUUCUUCGUGGUGUUGGAGCUCCUCGUCUGUUCCAUCCACCCCAUCCCUGGCCAGUACGUCUUCAGCUGGACGACUCGACUGGCCUUCAGCUACACGGCCUCGGUGGCGGACGCGGACGUGGACAUCAUCCUCUCCGUGCCCAUGUUCCUCCGCCUCUACCUGAUCGGCCGCGUCAUGCUGCUUCAUAGUAAACUCUUCACCGACGCCUCGUCCCGGAGCAUCGGGGCCCUCAACAAGAUCAGCUUUGACACCCGCUUCGUCAUGAAGACACUCAUGACCAUCUGCCCCGGGACUGUCCUGUUGGUGUUCAGCGUCACUUGUUGGAUCAUCGCUGCCUGGACGGUGCGUGUGUGUGAGAGGUACCAUGACACCCAAGAGGUGACCAGCACUUUUCUGGGUGCCAUGUGGCUCAUCUCCAUCACUUUUCUGUCCAUCGGUUAUGGGGACAUGGUGCCGCACACCUACUGUGGAAAAGGGGUUUGUCUACUGACUGGAAUCAUGGGAGCUGGAUGUACAGCCCUGGUGGUUGCGGUUGUGGCGAGAAAAUCAGAGCUUACCAGGGCAGAGAAGCACGUCCACAACUUCAUGAUGGACACCCAACUCUACAAGAAGGUGAAAAACACAGCAGCCAACGUGCUCAGGGAGACUUGGCUCAUCUACAAAAACACCAAGCUGGUGAAGAAGAUCGAUCGCGCCAAGGUUCGACAUCAUCAGCGCAAGUUCUUGCAAGCCAUCCACCAACUACGUAGUGUGAAACUGGAGCAAAGGAAACUAACUGACCAGGCAAACACUGUUGCUGAUCUUGCAAAGACCCAAAACAUGAUGUAUGAUCUGGUGUCAGACCUGCAGCAUCGCAGCGAGGAUUUGGACAAACGGAUCGUAGUUCUUGAAGACAAGCUUGACUCCAUCAUUCUCUGUGUAGAGUCACUGCCACUUGAUCUUUCCCAAGCCAUGGCAAAGUUGCAAAAAGAUUUCCUGGAUGACAUAGCCUGUCGUGUUCAUCUUCUCUCGUCGUCACUGAGCUCUGGUUGCUGUUCGGUUUCUGUGAAGGAAAUCUGUCAAGGGCACUCCACUGCCGAGAAGCCGAGCAGCUGAUUGUUGCCUUUGUGUUGUCCACCUGUAUUGUCUUUAUCUGUAAUCAUUCUUUGCUCUGUUGCACGUUCUGAAAAGUGAACUGUUGCGACAACAAGAUGAGUGUCUUAAAUCAGCACUUGACACAAAGUACGGAUCGUUCAGCUCCGAGUUAUGAUUGUUUUUUAGGAUUUAAAGAUUUGUUUUUCUAAUAAAGACCUUUAGUUAUGUUCUCCUGCGCUUUCACAACUCAACAAAAGGUUUUUAGCAAUUAAAUGAAAUAGUAUAAUUCAUUUUAUAUUCUGUUUUGAUAUAUUUUAUUUGAGACAACAAUUUUAUAGUCCAUGCUUUAUGAGCGUUUUGAAGCAAUAUGUUACUUAUUACUUAUUAGGUCUGUCAAUAGAUUUAAAAACACAAAGAUGGGUUUACUCUGGAUUAAUGGCAAAUUAGUCAACCAUUUUGUAUCUAUUCUAAAUGUGGCUUAAAGGAAGAUUUUUCACAAAUCAAGAGUGGCCAUAAAUGCUUACAAUGUUAUGGUUUUAGCAUUUUUUUUUAACCUAUUCUCUGCCGCAGAGGUUAUUCUAAAGAUAGGUUCUUGAUAUCUGUUAUGUUGGGUUGUUGUUAGUAAACAAAAGUCACAGUUACAUUUUAAAAUGAUACAAAGUAAAUGAUUAAGAGUUAACUCAGCUUUAGUCUGAUUGAGAUUCAAAAUUGUAAUCGAUUGACAGCGCUUUCACAUAAAACUAAGCACCUAAAGUAGGUUUGUUGUUUUCUGUGAACCAGUUUCUAAACGCACACAAAAUUGCUUGUGGCACAGCUGCUUUCAAAACCAAACAUGUUUUUUAUUAUGCUGACAUACAUAGCUCUACCUGAGGAUAUUUUCGUCAUUUAACCCUGUGUCAAUAAAAGCACAUGCGUAACUAUGUUUAUCAGGAGGUGUUUACACAUUGCAUGUGCUUCUUUUACUUUUAUUUAUCAGAAUUUAGCUGCUUGUUUAAACAGCACAUAACAGUUGAAUUGGAGUUUCCCCUAUUAUUCCCUGUACUUUUCCCCCUCUAAAUGUUCUGAAAUGUUUAGUUGAUAAAAUAUAUUUCUCAAAUGUCGACUAUAUGAAUGGAUUAAAAAUGUAUUUUAAUAUUGUCUAACACAUGUUAGGUAGCUUUCAUGAUAAAUAAUAUGGCAUGUACAUCUUUUAUACAUUGCACACAAUUGAGUCAAUAUUAUUACACGGAGAUUGAACUGGAGCAGA